AUGCAAGAAGAAAUAGAAAGAAUAGGAAGAAAAGGAAAAAAAAGAUUUAGAAGAAGCCAUAAUAGCAAGGAAAAAUGGAUGAAUGAUUUCAACAAAGAAAGAGAUGAACUUCUGGAAGAAUUAAAAAAAAAUGAUAAUGAUGAAAAUUGUAAAAAGUUUCUUGAUUUUAUUGAUUGUCGCAGGGAAUAUCUAAUAGUUUCAAAUGAAAAGCUAUACGAAGGAGGGGGUUAUAUAAGUAGUAAAAUUAAAAAUUGUGUUACUUCUUAUUUUAAUACUACAGAAUACAAAUAUAUAGGAAAAGUGAUGUAUGCAUUUGGUUCUGAAAGAGAAAUUCAUAAUAUAAAACUUAAGAGAGGCAUAAUUAAUAUUACUGAAUAUAAUAAUUGGUUGAAUGGGAUGGAAAUGAAUUUUACUAAUCCACAGACAUGGAACGUAACAGAUGUUAAACCCUUUAUUGAUCAUUGGAGGAUUUUGAGAAAUGAAACAGAAGAAUAUAGAAAUAACAUUGUUUUCAACCAUAAUUGCUCACUAAUAAAUGACUUAAAUAACUAUGUAAUUACAACCCAUAAUCCUUUAUUUACAACAACAAAUGCAUCCUAUAUUGUGAAUAAUAGAACUGUAUCUAUUGCAAAUGAUAUUACCGAACCUACUACAUAUACAUCUGUUAUGUCUAUAUCUUUAACCAAUCUAACUACUCAAUCUAAAGGCAUUUCAUCUACAAGCAUUCCAUAUGCUUCUACUCUUAAUAAAUCUGUUCAAGCACAAGUUGCUUCACUUCAUAAAAAUAGUACACCCACGAAUUCAUCAUACAUGUCAACAAAACAUAAUUCAUUAAUUUCAGGUGCUUCUCCCAUUUCGUCUGCUCCUACUUCAACUCCUCCUUCUACUUCCACAGGUAAAACUAAUACAAGUACUACAAUUCCUUUAGACUCAUCUACUUCAGGGUCUGUGACUACUGUAAGUAAUUCAUCAAUUACACCAACCACAGGAGCCCUAUUCACUUCGAAUGGUGCAACUAAUAUAAGUGCUCAAUCUGUAAAUACUACGGAUGCUGUAGAUAAUUCAUCUAUGUUAGCAACCAUAGAUAAUUUAACUACUCAAACUAAUAUGCAUAACUUAUCUGUUUCAGUUACUCCAACUACUGUAAGAAAUUUGUCAAGUUCAAACACUUCGUUUCCUUCUACAAUUAAAAUUAUUAAAGGUACAUUAAUUUUUACAGAUUCUCAAUCUAAUUUAAAUAAUACAGAUACUGAAAAUAAUUCGUCUACUUUAACUGCAUCAGAUUCUACAACUAAUACAAAUAAUCCAUCAUUUCAAAAUACUGCAACUUCUGUUAAUAAUUUAUUUACUCCAUCCCCUUCAUCAGUAGCUACUUUAACAACUACUUCAUCAUUUCCUAUAACAAAAAAUUCUUCACAUAGAUCUAAAAAUAAUAGCAAUGAUUCAUUAAUUUCCCCAGUGAACUUCAGUAAUACUGCAUCAAUUAACUCUUUUCUUAUACAAUCUGGAACUACAAAUCAAAAUACACCUCGACUUAAUGUAAGUGAAAAUCAAAAUACACGUCAACUUAAUGUAAGUGAUACAAUGAAUACUACUCCAAUUAUAUCUAUCCCAAAUGUUCCUACAAUAAUACCUUCGCGCAAUAUAGUCCAUGAUAAAAAUCCAGGAAAUAUAUUAAUUACUCUUGGUAUUCCAUUCGGUACUAUACUUUUUGGAAUAUAUUUUUUUCUAUUUCUAUAUAAAUGUACCCCCAUUGGAUCUUGGAUUGGUAAACGUAAGUCAAAGAAAAAAAAAAAAAUAAAAAAAAUAGGGUCAAAAGAUGCAUCAACUUCUAUGUAUCCUAAAAAGAAAUCAGUAAAAAAAAUGAAGCAUUUAGUACCAUCUUACGGGAUGCAACUUCCAUCAUGUGAAAUCACUUUUGAAAAUGAAAAGAAUGUUGAAAAAAAGAAAAAAUAUAAAGAAGUAGAAUUGGAAGGAGUAAGAAAUGAAUUUGUAGUACAAGCCGAAGAAGAAAAAAUAGAAGAAAAAGAAAAUGAAAAAGAAUAUAUAAAAGAUAAAGAAAAAAAAAAACUAGAUGUGAAACUGAAAGAGUUGGAAUAUUUAAAUGAAGAAAUGAUAGAUCAUGAAGAUAGCAAUGUAGAAGGUAAAAUACCAAUAAAUAGAGAAAUGUAUAAAAAGAAGAUAUUUAUAGAAAUAUAUAUGACAGUAUUGGAUGAAUGCCAAAGAGAGGAAUGGGAAUUACAUAAAGAAGAUUUUCUAAAAAUAUGUUUGGAAGAAUGGAAAAAUGACAAUAGAUUAUAUGAUGAUAUAAUAGUAGAAAAGAAUAAAGUUGAAAAUACAGAUGAAGAAAGCAGUAGUAUUUCAAUUGAGAGACAAACAUUUCUCUGGAAUAAAUAUAUGGAAAGCAAUAAAGAAUUGUUGGAAAAAUGGAAAAGGGAGAAAUGGUUUGAGAAUUUGAAGAAGGAAUGGGAAAAAGAACAAGAAGAUUAUGGACAAAUAACAGAUGGAUUAGAAUUGAUGGAAAUAGAAAAAGGUAAAAAAAAUAUGGUAGAGAAGCAAAAAAUAAUAUGGAAACAUUGGUUAAUAAAGCAAAGAAAAUGGUUCAUGGAAUGUAAUAAAGAGAAAUGGUUUAAUGAAUUGUUAGAAGAGUAUGAAAUGGAAAAAGGGAAAUAUAUGAAAGAAUUACCUAAAGAAAAUAAUGAAAUAAUGAAAAACAAAAAAAAAAAAUUGAUAAAGAAAUUGUGGAUAGAAAUACAUAUGAUGAUAUUAGAGGAAUGUAAAAAAGAAGAAUGGGAAAGAAAUAAAGAAGAAUUUAUUAAAACAAGCAUGAAUGAAUUGAAAAUAAAGAGAAAUUUAGACGUAAGAUCAAAUAUAUUAGAAUAUAUAGAUGAAACCAGUGAUAAUGUUCUAGAGAGGAAAGAUGACAUAGAACAACUGAAAAAGGAAGAAUGGUUUACACAAUUAAAGCUAAAAUGGAAAAAUAACGAAGAUAAGUAUAGAAAAGAAAUAAAUGAAGAAAUUCUGAUAAAAGAAAAUGAAGGAAUAAUUAGAAAUCCUAUGUUAGAGAGGCAAAAAAUUGCAUGGAGAAAACACUGGAGAAAUAUUCAAGAUAAAUGGAGAGAAAAUAGCAGUAACGAAGAAUGGUUUACACAAUUAGAUGAUAUAUACAAGAAUAAGGGAAAAGAAUAUAAAAAAGAUAUAUAUGAAAGAAGUGUAGAAGAGAAAAAAGAAGAGAUUAUUAGAAAAAAUGGAGAAAAAAAGAAGAAAUAUAAAAUGAGUGAGAUGGAAAAUAUAGAUAAAAAGUUCAAUUCUAUAACCAUGAAAAAAAAGUUAAAAUGGAAGACCAUAUUAGAAAUACAAAUGAUGGUACUAGAGGAAUGCAAAAAGGAGGAAUGGGAACUAAAUAAAGAAGAUUUUUUUCAAAUUUGCAUAGAAGAAUGGACAAAGAAAUCAUCAUGUGAGGAUAUAUUAAAUAAAGAAAAAACAUUGAAUGGAGAAGAAAGAUAUGAUCAAAUUAUGUUAGAGGAACAAACGUUACUGUGGAAAGAAUGGUCAGAGAGGAAUGCGAAGAUGUUAGAGAAAUGGACAAAAGAAGAAUGGUUUAAUAAAUUGAAGAAGGAAUGGAAAAAUUAUGAAGAAAUAUAUUUAGAAGAAAUAAAAGAAAAAAAGGUAGAAGUAUUAGAAGAUAGAGUAAAAAAUCCUAUGUUAGAGAGACAAAAAAAAAUAUGGAGAGGGUGGUUAAAGCGUCAUUUAGGGAUUACAGAACAAUGGAUUAAAGAAAACUGGUUUAUGGAUGUGUUGAACGAUUAUCAGAAGGAAGAGGAUAAAGAAUUACAAGUAAAAGAAAUAGAAAAUUUAUCGGAGAAAAUUGAAAAAGGUGAAAGAAUAAUAAAUAAUUUAAAAGAAAUGGAUGAAACAAAAAAGAAAAAAUUAAUAUGUAAACUAUGCAUAGAGAUAUACAUGGCUAUAAUAGAAGAGUGCAAGAAGGAAGAAUUGGAAUUUAUGAGUAAUGAGUAUCUUAAGUUAUAUAUUGAAGAAAAAGAAAAAAAGGAGGAAAUACAUAAAAAAGAAAUAAAAAAAAAUGAAAGAGUUGAUGUAAAUAAGAAAAAGAAAUGGAAUAUUAUGAUAGAGAUGAAAAAAAAAGAAAAAAAUGAAAAGGUUGACGUAGAUAAAAAAAUAAAAUGGAAUAUUCUGAUGGAGAUGAAGAAAAGAGAAUGGGAUACUUGGAAAAAAGAAGAUUGGUUUCUGGAGUGGAAGGAGAACUGGAAAAAGGAAGAAGUGAAACAUAUGGAGGAAAUUAGAAGAUCAGAAAUAAAGAACAAUAUGAAAAGAGAAGUUGGAAUCCCAGAAUUAGAACAAAAUAUUUUAUGGGAUAGACAAUGGCUAGAAAAGCAAAGAAAUAUUCUAAAAAAAAAGAGCAAACAAAAUAGUUCUAAAGGAUCUAUGUCACAAAAGCAUAAAAAAAAGAAGAGGCAGAAGAUAUUUCAAGCAAUCUAG